CAGUAUUGCCAGCAGAAAACCCUUCUGCUUCUUCCCAUAAAAUCAUUUCCAUCUUCAGAAAUUCACACAAAACCUAAUCACUAUAUGAAAAAUUCAGACUUUCUCUAAAACCCAAUUUCAACCAUGAAUUUCUUAACAAAAACAAUAGCAAAUAGGACCUUAUCCUCCUCUUCAUACCCCAAAAAAUGCCAACUUUUUCAAUCUUUUUCAAGAUUUGUCUCUAAAACAACCACCCCAAGAAAAUCCAAAAUCCCAAAACCCCAAGAACCCUCUUCAUCUUAUUCUCUCACCCCUCCAAAAAUUGAAACCAAUGAAGCUGAAAAUAUAUCUUCUUGGCCAAAGCCAAGUGAAAUCCCUUACCAAUCAAAAGUUGCAAAUUUUGUCAAUCUUGUUGGUUUUGUGCAAACCCCAAUUCAGUUUGAAACUUCCCCUGAUGGGAAUUACUGUGCUGGUACUAUUCUUGCUCAUGAGAGUAAUGAUAAUAAUAAUAGUAAUAAUAACUCUAUUUUAAUGAUUCCUGUUGUGUUUGUUGGUGAUUUAGCUCAUGUUGUGGCUUGUCAUGUAAAGGAAAAUGAUUCUGUUUAUGUUUCUGGGAAGUUUUCUAUGGAUCCAAUGCCUUGUGAAAUUAUGGAUAAAUAUAAGUUCUCUUUUCAUAUUGUUGCUGAAAAUGUUAACUUUGUUCAAGGUCUGAAACAAAUAGCUCCCCGAAAGGCGAGGGGACAGUUUGUUUAUCCGAAAAGUAGUACUAAGCAGCAGCAUUCUGAUAAUGAGAAAGAUAUUAGCUUGUCUACUUUGGAAAAUGAUGAUUCUGUUGUUAAUUCGGGUGGUGGGAGUAAGUCGGAGGGAGGUGAUGAAUGGAGGGACCUUAUCAAGAAUCCGAAACAAUGGUGGGAUUGUCGGAAGGCAAAGUUAGAUGGGAUUGUAAAAGCAAGGCACCCUGAUUUCAAGAAGAAGGAUAGUAGUAGUAUUGCAUUGUGGCUUGAGAAUGCGCCGAGGUGGGUACUUGAGGGAGUUGAAGGACUUGAAUUUGAUGUAUAUGUUCCGAAAUCUAAAGGAGUAGGAAAGGAGGUGGAUUCUUGGAAAGAUUUGUUGGAAAAUCCUGAUAAAUGGUGGGAUAAUAGAGCUACUAAGUUGAAUCAGAAAGCACCUGAUUUUAAGCACAAGAAUACUGGUAUUGGGCUUUGGGUCGAUAACUCACCAGAUUGGGUGUUGUCUCAGUUGCCACCAUUGAGAGAUCAACGUGCUGAAUAUAAGAUGAACCAGAGCUAAAACGUGUUGCGCAGCAACUCCACUUUAGGUAGAGUUUCCAUGUAAUCUUGAUGCUAUAACAUUAGACUUUGUGCAGUAUAGUCAAAUCCUGGCCACCUAAAAGUUUGAGAAGUGUUGAGGUGGAGGGAAGCGCAUUAUCGUUAUGCUUGUGAAGUACUUAUUAUCCCCUAUAGUGGUUCAUCUUAUAGCACUUUCUUAUGAUAGUUUUGUUAUCCGAUGCAUCUUUUAUUUAUGAUUUUGGUGAAUAUGAAGAUCUUGAUUUUAGUAUUU